GUAACAAACGUUAAAAUAUUUAGCAUCUCCGAACGGUAUCAGUUUUCUUAACAAUCUUGUCUACGUCACCGCUGGUUAACUGCGGACAAAAAACUCGCGCCAUUUGACGGUUAUUAUAUUGAUAAGAAAGAGUUCAUUUCGAAUGUAUCUACAGCCCAACAUACUGUAUAGUUUUAUUUUAUAAUUUUUUUUUAAUCAGUAAUAGACGACAAUUUACUUCGAAUGCUAAACAAUUAAUUAUUUAAUUUUAAAUUUCAGCUUAUUUUCUGUUUUGUAGUCUCUCGUUUUAAUUUUAUUUAUUUCAGAAAACCUUUUGAAAUUCCGUUUUAAACAUGGACAAAGACUUAACAAAUUUCAAGAAAUGGUUCCAACACCUAGGGUUGGAAGUGGAUGGAAAAAUAGACGACGAAGUGCUAAAAAAACUGAUGCCGCCUCAACGACGAGACAUGUGGAGACAUAUUAUUAAACAUGUACGUUCCAAAGAAGAAGUGGAUUUAAUUAAGAAAUCCUUAUUGUUACAUAAGCUCCAAAAACGUCAAAAACCAUUAAUGUCAAAAGUGGAAUCGUAUAAUGAUCUUGCUAAUGCAUUAGAAUAUGAAGAUCUUAUUACAAAAUAUAAUAAACUUCAAAAGGAGAUUACUGAUGCCAAAUUAAAUAACAGCAAAUUGAAAAUUAAUUUAAAAGAAAAAAUUGAACACAAAAAAAAUAUUAUUAAAAAUAUUGAAAUCAAGCAAAAUACAUCAUAUGUAGCAAAUCAUAAAAUUGAAUAUUAUAAUGAAUUUAUCAAAAUGUAUAACGAAUUAUCAAAUAUUUGUGACCAUUUUUCAAAAGAAGCAAAUAAAGAUUUGACCAAGGCUAAUUACGAGGAUUCUUUGAUUAUAUGUUGUACAGAAGUGGAUGAUGCUAAACAAUUAGGUGUGAUGAAUGAUAGUGUAAAUAUUGGAAAAAAGUUGUGCAAUGCUAUAUACACAACUAUAAGUGAUAAGUCUCCAGCUGUUUUACUCCAAACUGUUGAAGAAAAUCUAAUAAUUAAUAUAAAUAAAAGUAAAGAUACUGUUUUAGAGGCUAAAGAAACUGUAAUACAUAACAGUGAGGAUGACAUUGAAUACGAGAAAGUACUUGAGACACUUUUUCAAGAGCAAAUAGAGUUAGAAUCAAAUUUAUCCAACUUAUUAGCUGAAAAGGAAAAUGUUUUAAAAAAUUUAAAAGAGACAACAAAUCUAGUUAAAAAUGAAAUAAUAAGUCAAUACAAACUGAAAAAUUUAUCAUUUACUGAAGAUGAAUUGCAAGUAUUUAAGAAAAAUUUAAUAGGAACUUUCCAAUUGUGGUUUAAAAACACUUUAGAAUGUUCUAAGGCAACUAUAUUCCAAGAAAACGUAAUUUUUGAAGAUGAAUCAUUAAAAAUCUUGGAUCAGAUUGUCGAGCAAACUAACACCUUAAACGAAGAAAUAACUCAGAAAAAGAUAAAUAUAAGUGAAAUGUUAAAAGAGUUAAAUAAUAAAAAAAGUGAUUUUGGAUUAGUGGAAACAAAAUCAGUUAUGAACAAUUUAGCUGAAAAUUAUUUGAAUACAAUAAUUAACAGUAAUUUGAUAAACAAAAUAGUAACAUCUUUAAAAGCUUCUGUAGUUAAUGAUGUUAAAAAUACAAAUAAAUUAACAUUUAGAUCAUCUCCAAGGUUAAGUUUUAUACAUUUACGAACCUUGAAAGAUAUGAAACAACAUUCUGAAAUAAUUGAUAUUAUUUGUGAAAAAGCAAAACAAUUUGAACAGUUCAACUUAGUAAUUUCCACGGACAAUAGUUUUAAUGAAAUUGUACAAAAAGAAAAUAUUCAUAAAUCAGAAUUUAAAAGUAUUAUUUCACAAAUAGAAAACAACAUUUCAGAGUUAAAAUUGUGCAUAGAAGACAGUAAACUUGUUGCUAAUAUAUUAUUAACCAAGGAAUUACUAAAUAGUUUGGCUAUUAAUUAGUUUACCUAUCAAGGAGUUGACAAGUAAACAAUUCAAGGUUCAGUAAAAAUUUUCAAAUUUAUAAAAAAACAAUUCUUCAUGUAGAUUGAUA